ACUCACCGCGAUUCGCACGGGCGAGGCGACUCGUUGAGUGGCCACGCGUGCCCGUGCUCGUCCGUUGUUGCACAUCGACAUUAACCGCUUUCAGUGCUAGAGCGCGUUCCUCCGCGCUAUACUCACAUAACCUAAAAGUUAAAACAACCCUGAUUAUUUUAGUACUAUUCAUUGUAAUACCAUUAAAUACUCAUGAUUACCUCGAAUUUAUAAGUUAGUGUUGUGGAAGUUUACGCCCAGCCAGAGGGCGUACGUGGAGUGUAUUUUUGUGCAACACAAAGUAAAUACAAACGGCAAGCUGUGGGGAUCAGGGGCCUUUUUUUUGCCGCCGCAGGGGAUGUACUAUCCUGUGAGUAACGGCAAUGUCAUCGAUACAGGAACACCUACCCUGCUGCACAUGGUGGGGACGGGUAUGGCGACCCCGUUCCCUGCGGCGGCGGCGGCUGCGGCAGCUGCAGCGCAGUUCGCAGCCAACGGAGACGCGAUGGCGGGCGUGAAGGCGGAGGCGGCUGGCCCGACCGCGCCGCAACAGCCCCCGCUCGUCAAGAGCGAAGGACCGCCACCACCGGCGCCUCUACCGCCUGCCAACUUCUCACCGCAACCACCGCCACAAACACUCACACAGAACUCAAUAGAUAAUCAAAACAAUAGCUCACAAAGCGAAGGUGAAUCAAACGAAGAAAGUACACCAGUGAGUGUAGCGGCAGCAGUAGUGGCACAGCAAGCAGCCGCCGUGGUCGCGCAACAAGCGGCGGCGGCGCACGCUGCGGCCGCGGCCGUCAGCGCCGCUGUCGCCGCCGGACAGAACGCCGCCGGCACCCCCGACAAGAACCUCGUUCCAGUAUCACAAGCAUCGCAGCCAAAACGAUUGCACGUCUCCAACAUACCCUUCCGAUUUAGAGAUCCCGAUCUUAGAAAUAUGUUUGGGCAAUAUGGCACAAUACUUGAUGUAGAAAUAAUCUUCAAUGAACGUGGUUCCAAGGGAUUCGGUUUUGUAACAUUCGCAAAUAGUGGUGAUGCGGAGCGAGCACGAGAGCGUCUUCACGGCACCGUGGUUGAGGGCAGAAAGAUAGAGGUUAAUAAUGCUACAGCGCGCGUGCAGACUAAGAAACCUCCAACCGUACCAAACGUGUGUGUCCAGUGGCCGGAAGGUGAGAACCUUCAUUAUGACUUUGGGCUGCGCGUGUCGGGCGUGACGUGGCCGUGGCUGGGCGCCGCGCCGGCCGCCGCGGCCGCGCCGCCGCUGGUGCUGGCGCCGCGCGCCGCGCAGCGACCCGCGCUGCGCCGCGAGCCGCGCGCCGCGCCCGCGCCCCCGCCGCACCCCCUCCCGCACGCCGUCCUGCCCCGCGCCGCCGCCUACGCCAGCCCGAUGCACGCCUACGCACCUGUGUAUUACGACCCGUUCUUAGCCGCGGCAGCUACGGCUGACUCCAACUACAGACUCCAGGCGGCUGCGGCUGCGGCGGCGGCGGCCGCGCCCCUGCUGAAGUCCCCGCUGACGUCGGCGCAGCACGCGGCGGCGGCGGCGGCCGCGGCCAACUACGGCGCGGCCGCGCGCGCCGCCGCCGCCGCCGUCAGCGCCGCGCCCGCGCCCGCGCUGGCGCCGCUCGCUGCCACGUCAGUACCUACGUCAUCCUCCAACACUUUGAUGUCGCUCAUGUACGGCAGAGAAUACGCAGAUCCAUAUUUAGGGCACGGUAUAGGACCAGUCACGGGCUACGGGACUGCAGUGUACAGAAGCGGCUACAACAGAUUCGCGCCGUACUAAGCCAAUGGAUCAAGAAACGAUUUUACUCGAAUAUUACCCUCGUCACCUUCACCUUAACAUGACAAUGAACUCUCUUUGUAAACGUACAAACGUAAUUCAUAAAUAUAAGGAUCAAUAAUAAACGCUAGCCGACUACCGUGUAAGUAUCUAAGCUUGGGUAGCAAACCUAAUAAGUAAUUGAGCGAGCGUGGUCGAGUUGUGGAAGCGUGAUCCGCGCACACAACAACUUAUAAAAUACCAAAGUCAUUAAAAAUUCUAACAGAAAUAGUUUAUUAAGUUGAACUAUAUUGUAAAUUAUUUGUGUACCUAAUGCUAUACAAGUGCGAGCAGCUAAAGUGAGUGCUUUCGUUCUAUUUAGAUAAUUGUAAGAGUUACUAUAAUUUAAAUAUAAUUACACAAAAGUAAACUCUUCAUACGAUUAGUGUACCGUACUGUCUAGUGUAGAUGUUACACUUGUAUCAUUGACAAUAGAAACAAUAUUAAAUAAUAUAAUGAUAUUUAGUGAGCUUUGCACUUGCAUAUCAUAAAAAUUGUAAAUACUAAAUGGGAAACGCGUUUUACUGAUUCAAAAUAUUAUUUUUUAUUCAUGAUUUCUAAAACAUCGUUUCCUAAAUAUACAUUCAAUGAUCUAAUCCUAUUAUACUCAUAAAGUAAAAUGUUAUAUCUCCAUAAAUAUUGAAACGUUCGAGUUCUGUCGUGUAGACUAAGUUGAACAGAACUCAGCAUAUAGAUGUUAUCAUACAUGCAUAGUGACAGUUAUAUUAUGUACAAAACCAUAGACAUUUCAGAACAACUAUUUUGGACUAACAAGUUAUUUGGUGCGAUAUUAUUGUGGUGCCAUUGUUCGGUUGUUAUUUUACACAUACGUAUUAUAUUUUUUCUAAAGUUACCUUGUACUCCUAUGAAGUUAACGUCACAUAGUUGUAGGCUACCCUGUGAGAUCGUGGCAAACCCCUCAGUUAUACUUUGUUCAUAUUCUCGGCCACUCUAGCGCUCUAUAGCUGAAUAGUGUCUCUUGGCGUACAAACGUGAGUUUGAAUAAUGAUAUAAGUGGGUCGUUUGUCGGCUGUACUAUUUACUAAUUUAGUGUCGUUUCGGUUUGUAAAUUGCGCUUAGCUUCCCUUGUCGAUGGUGUCCCGCCCGGCCGCAGUCAGCGGCGCGACCGGGAGUCUUAACUUGUGGUCCUGGUUAGUUGUUAUUCUUAUAACCGGUUGCUAGUUUAUAUUUAAUAAGCUAAUGUUUAACAGAAUGUAGGCGGAACGCUUUAGCUGUAGAGUAUAAGGGAAAGAAGGGAACUCCGUCGAGUUCUUACAUAUCAUUGAGAUUUUCUCCUUGUAUGUAGAUACGUUUAAUCAGUAAUUCUAUUGUCUUUUAACGUUUUUAUUUUUAUUUUUACAGUGCUAUUUUAAUAUUUUUGUGUCCGGCAUAUGGACUUUCAUUUUAUAGAACAAACACGCAUACGGGUCCAACCCUUUUAGAAGUCGUAAAUUUUAGAUCUAACAUUUGCAUUAGGAUUUUAAAGUAUUGUAAAAUCUAUAAAUUCGCUCAACGUUUAUACCAAAGCACAAAAACCCAUCGAUUCAUACGUAUUCGGAGACGUUUUUCAUGACAUUAACCUCUUCCCGUAGAUUUAAUAGUCUUUCAUGCUGAAAAACUUUAGAAAUCUAUAAGUCGUCGUUUAGAUAACUUGAACAAAAACAGAUUAAUUUUUUACUUUCAUUUAAUUAGAGUUUUCAUUAAACCUAAGUAAUUUUUCUAAGGACAUAUCUACAUGUUUGCCAUCUAGGGUAGUUUAAUCUUAAAGUAGUUCAAUGACUAAAUACAUAAAUAUAUAGAUCUGAAUUGAAUUAUUAAUUGUUGAUUAUCGAUCUUUUCAUGUUGUAAAUUCCUAAGGAAUAUGGCACACAUAGUGUUACAGAUGUGUCUGUAUAAGAGGUGGCGUCGACGUCGGCGUAGUAGAGCUUUGUCCGUUUAUUUUCAAACCUUUACGUAGCGAGUAGAGAUGUACCGAAUACGUCGGGACUGGUGCAGGCGGCUCGGCCUCCGCGACCGCCGCCCACUCGGGCUCGGCUGAGGAUGAUAGCUUUAAUUAAUUAAAGGUGUUAAGGUGAUGUCUCACCCAGUUGUGUCAUCUUAUAUGCAGAAUUAGAUUAACAUACUCAAGUUUGUAGCAUUUCCAUGACAUUAUGAUUGUUUGUCUUGCAGGAUUCUAGUCUUCGCGCACAAUGUUUAAUUAAAAUAAUAAAUAGUAAAGGUGCUUACUCGUAAAGGUUUCAUGUGAUAUUUACGGAAUUAGUUGUCGUACCUUUUGUCUCGACUUUGUUCUAUUUUCUUUCCGUGCGAUAAGUUUUAAGCAGUUCGUGUCAUAUUUUCUUUUAACUGAAUAUUACUCUCACCUUUUAGUGCCACUGGCUUUAUAUUUUAAGUUAUAUUUACGUUUAUCGUACGUUAUUGUAGUCUCGUUGCAGCUUCGAACAAUUUUUUGUGCUUUACUGCUGAAUACUCAUGCGUGAAUGCGUUAUUUUAAGUAAUUUUUAGAUUUGUAGGAAUUGUCUGAUUAAUGCAAGAUUUUGUAUCUGAGUACAGAAAAAAGUACAUGUGAUUCUAUUUGAUGAUUUUAUUGUUUAGUGUUAGUAUUUUGUAUCAAUUAAAGUCACAAAUGUGAUUUAUGUAUUUAAAUCAUCAAAUUUUACGUCACAAGCCAACAGGGCUUGUUUUGGACUAGUAUACGGAAUCAAACUCGCUAUUGUUGCCACUAUACGUAAUCAUGUGUAGUCGAAUCAACUUUACCUCCAAAACCUGUCUUGUUUGCUUGACGAUUCUUAAAGAUACAUAUUUUUACUGUCUUAAUUUAAGGUUUUUUUAUGUAUGAUUUUAAUGAUAAUCUAAUAAAUCACAAAAGCAAAAUACCUAAGUUUUGUAUAAAGUUACAUAUUAUAAGCCAAAUUGUUGUUACUUGGAGAAAAAUCAGAAUUUAAAUUACAUAUCUGACAAAAUGGUUAGUGUGCUACAAUAAGAUUGAAUAAAAAAACAUCAAGAACAAUGUAUUAUAAAUAUUAUAAUCAUAAAGUUAAGGAUAUGUAUUUUGUAACGCGAUCUGUUUCUCAGUUUUUAUGAGAUGUUAAAUCUAAAUUUCAUAUAACUCUUAUUUUAAUGCUGUGCACAAAUUAUUCAAUCGACGGCUUCGAUACUGUAUUCACUAGACCUAAAGCGAAUUGUUAUAUUGUGCAUAAUAAAUCAUAUCAGUAGUGGUGUUAGAUAGUUGCGAGGAUUGCUAGCGGCAAGGCUGGCCGUGGCCGGCUGAGUCGCGCUGGCUGUACAUAGUGUUACCGGCGACUGCCCGCCUCGUGUUGUGCGUAUGAUUUGUACCCGAGGGUUCAUAUUGUUAAAGUAGCCAGAGUUAAUAAGUAUCACUUGUUCGUCAAUUGCACUCGUCGAAACUGUUCAGUUGGUGUUGUAGAUUAUAUUCAGAUAUAGUGGGGUUAAUGUUUAUUCCUGUGUGUCGACUGCGGAAUCCUAGACGUGUGUGUGGUCCCCUUGUAAAUCGCUACAACACGCACCACGUCUAUGAUUCUAAUAGAUUCGAUUAACCCGCACAUAGUUAGGAUGAUGUAACGCAUACUGCUUGUGAUAUCAAUAAGCAGGCUUGUUUGUGUGGCUUGUGACAAUAGCAAAUCUAAAUGUAAAUUGUUACAAGCACCAUACAAGUCAUUGCUUGUUGAAUGUAAUAGUACUGUGUACUCGAUUUCAUACAUUUCAAUUUUUAUCAAAAUUUUGGCAGUAUUAGCUAUAUUAGUAUCGAUAAUUGUUAUAAAUAAUUUAAUGAGGACCAGUAUGUCAGUUUUAUAGAGAAACAUAUUAUUUACACAAGUUACAUUUUAAAUUUUGCUUAUAGAAUAUAGUACCUUACUCGAAGUGUUAGACAGAUGUUUAAAGCUUUAUAAAAUUGUCAGUAGCAGGUGGCAUUCAGUAUGCGUUACAGUUGAUAGGAGGCUGCAGCAGUGCGUGUGCGCACGCGCCGCCGGCCGCUCUGUGUUUGAGAUACUUUUACAAUACCGUGCUCAAUUCCUGUAUCUGUACAUUGUAAGUAUAAUGUUGACAAAAUGUUUUUGAAAUUUAAUGUAAACUACAAUAGAUUUGUUACAUAAGGAAUGUCUUCCGUUUGGCACAUUUUAUAGAUACCUACUUUGCACAUUUUAUUACUGCACAUAUUUUCGUAAAAAAAUACAUAUGUACUAGUUUAAUUUUAGUUUCUCGAAAUGAUUCAAGCCAAGUGCACAGCGAGCCCCCUCAUAUACGAUUUGUGAUACCUAAAGUAAAUUGAUUAUACGAAUUUUCCUUUUUUGUGUGGCAAUUUUUUGAUGGAUUGCAAAGCUGAUUUUUUUUUUCGUUUUUAUUGUAAAUAUUUUUUUCUAAUAAAAAAUAUUGAAUGAAGUGAAUCAUUUUAAAGCCUUUGGCAUUGUGUACUCAUUUACGUUAUAAAUAAAUUAUAGUAUAAAAA